CGACUCCGAUGCCAUCCAGAUGAGUUUUAGGUUUGCUUCGAAUGGCACGUUACAUGGAUCGAAGGCCGAAGAAAGUAGGCGAGAGCGUGAUGGACUGCAUCGCAAGAAGCUUCAUCGCGAGAAUCAUUGGGAGUACAGAAGAGUAUGGCUGCCUAAUGGAACCACGAGCAGAAGCAUUAAAGCAACAAGAUUGAUUUUCGUCAUAGGUAUUAGGAAAUAUUUGCAAGGGUCAGUGCGAGCAGAAGAACCGUCGUCGGCUGUAAUAGUUGUUAGCUCCUAAACAGUUCGAGCUAGAUAAUCCAGACGGGGUAUGGCACUCAGAAUGUCAAGCCUAUCGUUUCAAGAUGCCAUCGCUUGGCAUGAGCCAUUGUAAACCAGUGCUCCAGACUCUGUUUAACGAAGUGGACAAAGGGAAUUCGCAUAUUAGAUAUUGAUGGAUUCGCAACACGGGAAUUCGGCCCAGAUGAAUCAGCGUCCUCGAUCACAUUAGCGCCAAA